AUGGCCGUGACACCUAUGAGGUUGCCUGAAAUCCCUUUACCGACUUUUGAUGGUGAAUGGUGUCUACAUUCUGAUCCGCAGGAAGUCAUAAAGGGAUUUUCGAUAUCGAAUGAGUCUUUUACUCUGGCUUGGGAUGCGUUGAUCGAACGUUACGCUAAACCACGCAGGCUGGCAUCAUCAAUAAUUGAUAAGUUGAUAGCCACGCCGGUCGCGAGUUCUGAAAAUCUUGCAGCUCUGCAAACCUUUAUGUCGGUCUUCGACGAGAACAUCACGAUCCUGGAGUCGCUUCAGAUCCCGGAUCUAGCGUCGUUUCUGUUGUUUUCAUUGGCUGCCAGGUGUCUACCUACAAUCUCGAGGCGUCUUUUCGAGGCUGAAAACGUUGAAGGAUAUCCGUCGAUCCAGAGCGUGAUCAAGUUCGUUAAAACAAGAAUCCAGGUCCUUGAAAAUGCAGGGGUAAAACCGGCAGGAAGCUCCUCCAAGUCGGCCAACCCCAGGAAAGCUGGUUUUCCUCGGGAAUCGAAGACAGCACUAGUAUCGACGUCCAAACCUCUUUCGGCCAAACCUAAUUCGUCCAAAGCUGCGUCAACCAAAUCUACUUCGGCGUCAUGUUACGUUUGUUCCGGUGCUCACCAGCUAGCUGAUUGUGCGAAAUUUAAGGCUUGCUCAGUCGAUGAACGCUACAAGGUAGUGUGCAUGCAUCGCCUUUGCAUGGUCUGCUUGCUCCACGGGCACAUGUCGUUCAAGUGCUCUUCUUCGUGCUCCAUAUGCAAGAGGUGCCAUCAUGCACUACUACAUCGAGAUCAGGAACCGUCGAAUUCCGCUCCUCCAGCUGCCAUGUUAGGUCGACAACAAGCUCCAACGGUCCUGCUCGGGACGGCCUUGGUCCAUGUUCGAGAUACAAUUGGCAGUUGCCGGACGGUGCGUGCACUGAUCGACUCGGCCUCGCAGAUCAGUGCAAUCACAUCGGCAUGCUGCAAUCGCUUGGGAUUACAGCCCUCGCGAUGGACAGUACCCGUAACUGGUCUUUCCGGCCAGAAGGUCCCGGAUGUGCAGGGUAUCGUUCAGCUGAUCCAGCCAAGGGAUAAGCCAACGCCAGUUAUCAAGGUCAAGCCGUGGGUACUCUCUGCCAUCACGUCAGAUAUGCCAGCUCGACAAUUACCAGUUCAGGUACGAGCCAAAUGCAGCCAUCUGACGUUGGCAGACCCAAGCUUCGAUGAACCGGCUCCAGUCGAAAUGCUUAUUGGCGCCGAUAUAUUUCCCCAAGUAUGGAAGAACAAGUGCAGCUCGUUGGGUCCAGGUUUCCCUUCCGCUUACAGCUCGGUAUUUGGUUGGGUGCUGAUUGGUCCAGUUCAGGAGCAUCCAGAUAUUGGCGCACAAGCCAUGUUGGUAUCGCUGGUAUCGUCCAUGGAAUCCAUCAUGGAAAGGUUUUGGAAGGUAGAGGAACCUGAAGCUGCUCCGCCUCAGUUCACCGAAGACGGAUUGUGUGAAGAAUUGAUUAACUCGGAGAUGCGUAGGGAUGCUCGAGGUUGGUUCGCGGUACCUCUUCCCUUCCGCACCGGCCGUCCAGUAAAAGAUUUUCCUGGUUCACGGCAAGUGGCGUUUAACAGAUUCCUGCAGCUGGAGAGAAAGCUAUCAUCCGAUGAAGACCUUUACAAUACAUACCGCAAGUUCAUGCUCGAUUAUGAGAGCCUAAGUCAUAUGACUCUCGCAGAAGGUCCCGGUCAAUACUUCAUUCCCCAUCAUGCGAUUCAGAAGUCCGAAGGGGACAGUGUCAAAUUGAGAGUGGUGUUUGACGCGUCGGCAAAGUGCCAUUCGGGUGUCUCUCUCAACCAAUGUUUGUUGGUCGGGCCGAAACUGCAGCAAGACAUCGUUGAUGUUUUGAUUGGAUUCCGCGUACACAAAGUGGCCUUCACAACGGAUAUAUGCAAGAUGUAUCGCCAGAUUGAGGUGCUGCCUCAAUACCGGGGCUACCAAUACAUCCUGUGGAGGGAAUCGCCACAAGCUUCGCUAAAAGAGUAUACACUUAAUACAGUCACGUAUGGAGUAAAUAGUGCGCCCUAUUUAGCGUUGCGAGUCCUCCGCUACAUCGCCGACACGGAAUGUGAAAGUUUUCCGGAUGUGAAAGGAGCUUUGCGUCAUCAAACUUAUAUGGAUGAUAUAUGUGUGGGUGCAGAGUCGUUGGAAGCUGCUAAAACGCUUCAGUUGAAUCUAAUCAACACUCUCGCCAGAUCCGGUUUGGAGUUGAAGAAGUGGGCCAGCAAUACGCCAGAAUUGCUGGAACACCUACGUCCUGAAGAUUGCUCCGGAAAUCCGCUAGCAUUUGAGCAAAAUGAUGCUACGCACGUCGUAUUGGGAAUGCGUUGGAAUCACGAUCAAGAUUAUUUCUCCUUCGGUAUCAACAGUUUCAAGAUGAUUCCUACCAAACGUGGAGUGUUGUCGAUGAUUGCCAGAAUCAUUGAUCCUUUAGGUCUGUUGGCACCGGCAACGUUCUAUGCCAAGUCGAUCAUGCAACGGGUGUGGGUCGCACAGAUCAGUUGGGACGAUCAACUGCCAUCAGAUAUAGCUGAAGAUUGGUGUGACUUCUAUCAUUCUUUAGGUUAG